CUGCCUGUCGACCCGAGAGGACGCCUUUACGUCGCUCGCGCGCGAAAGCUACGAACUCCAAUACGAUUCCUCGACACCCUACCCCGGAAUCCCCAAAACCCUCUAUUAUUUUUCAGUUCCUUACACCGAUUUAUUUGUUUGGUUGAAUGUGCUUUUGGUUUUGUGUUACGAAUCCGAUUUUUUGACAAUAAGGUUGUUAACGUGAAAAGCGUCGUACUGGACGCGCUAUUGUGACGAUGUACCGGUCCAUUUACACUUGGACUUAAUGAAAACAAAGAUGUCCCUCAAUAUACCGUAAAGUUCGAUCAAAAUGAUUUUGAAAAUAAAGCCGCCUCAGGGCGUGAAGCCUCAAGUGCAGGAGCGAGUGAAGGAAGAAAAAAAUGGGAAGAAGACAUUCACCCCUUGCGAGGACAGAUGUCCCGGGGACCCGUGGGCGUAUUGUAUAGUGCUGUGGUGUGCUUGUGCUAUGAGCCUGAUCUCGAGCGGCUACAGCUUGUACAAGCAGCAAGGCUUGCAAGACAGACUGUCAUUGCUUGAGGAGCAGCAUUUAGCCUUGAGGAGUGCAGUCUUGGAGCCGCAGCAGCCCCUGGUGGAGAGACUGCGGCGGGAGGUGCUCGCGAGACCUCCGCCUAGUUACUGGAGGCCGAGGAGGAGCAUCAGAGACUACGGAGACUGCGUCUGUCCAUCAGGUCCGCCUGGGCCUCCUGGGAAGAGAGGAAAAAAGGGCAAGAAAGGCGACCCUGGAGAGCCUGGACCAUCGGGAUUAACAGGAGCGCCUGGAAAAAAUGGAUUCCCGGGACCAAUAGGGUUGGAUGGACCAAAAGGUGACCCGGGCCGGCCCGGGGACAAGGGCCAGAAGGGCGAGCACGGCAGCCCGGGCUUCGACGUCUUCUCCGCCGUCAAGGGUGUGAAAAGAUCGGUGGACAACUUUAAAAUUAGUCCGUACACGACCGCGGAGAUCAUAGCAGUGAAGGGAGAACCUGGUGAACCGGGUCCACCCGGACCGGCUGGACCCCAGGGCCCGGAGGGGUUGCCAGGGCAUGAUGGUCGCGCGGGCCCUGCUGGGCCAUCCGGCCCCCCUGGCGUACCUGGCCCGCCGGGGCCAGUGGGGCCCAUUGGAUUAAGUGGACCAAUUGGACCUUCAGGACAUAAGGGUGACAAAGGCGACAAGGGUGAGCGGGGCUUCACGACGACACUGAAGGGCGACGCGUUCCCGACCGGCAUCAUCGAGGGCCCGCCCGGCCCGCCCGGCCCGCCCGGAACGGAAGGCGCACGCGGCGAGCGAGGGGAGGCCGGGGCCGCGGGCCCGCCCGGGCCGCCCGGCGACAAGGGCGCCCGCGGCAAGCGCGGCAAGAGGUAUUAUAAUAAAAUAUAUCAUCAUAUUUUAGGCAAAACUGGUGAAAUGGGACCACGUGGGCCUCCCGGCAUCGAUGGCUCUCCUGGAACAGCAGGCGUGCAAGGACCUCCAGGAAAACCGGGUGAGAUGGGUCCAAAAGGAUCGAAGGGCGAGUACGGAGACAUGGGAUCUCCGGGUAUGCUGGGCGCGCCGGGUCUACCCGGCCCUCCCGGUUACCCGGGUCUGAAAGGCGAGAAGGGCGAUAAGGGUGACUCGAAGUACAGAAAGCUGAGGAGGAGACAGAAUUUGCAGGGAGACGGCACUGGAUACGAGCUGUACGGGCAUGAAAUGAUGAUGGGUCCGCCGGGGGCGCCGGGCCCCGCGGGCGCGCCGGGCGUGGCGGGCCCGCCGGGCAUCAAGGGCGACAAGGGCGAGCCGGGCGCCCGGGGCAAGGCGGGAGAAAGAGGAGAAAAAGGCGAUGCAGGGCCCAUGGGAUUACCGGGUCCAGUCGGAUUACCGGGAGAAGACGGGCGGCCGGGAGACAUCGGACCUAGAGGCCCGCCCGGACUCGACGGCAUGAAGGGCGCGCAAGGUGAGCCAGGCUCCAAGGGCGAGCGCGGCGACCCCGGACUGCCCGGGACUGACGGGAUUCCCGGACAAGAGGGUCCAAAGGGUGACAAGGGCUAUAAAGGAGAACCUGGUCCCGUGGGCAAGCGCGGGCGCAAGGGCGACAAGGGCGACAAGGGCGAGCAGGGCGUGCCGGGGCUGGACGCGCCCUGCCCGCUGGGGCCCGACGGCCUGCCGCUGCCCGGCUGCGGCUGGCGGCCCACCAAGGUGAGCGUCCUUUGGCUCACAACUGAGCUUUCGUUUUUGUACAUUUUGUAUUAA